AUGAGCUCCAGAGGGAGCGGUGGCCGCACCAACGGCUCACUGCCCCAGACCAAGAUCUGCCAGUUCAAGCUGGUGCUGCUGGGGGACAUGGCCGUGGGCAAGUCCAGCCUGGUGCUGCGCUUCGUCAAGGGACAGUUUGACGAGUUCCAGGAGACGACCAUCGGAGCUGCUUUCCUGGCCCAGUCCGUGUGUCUAGAUGACACCACGGUGAAGUUCGAGAUCUGGGACACCGCGGGUCAGGAGCGAUACCACAGCCUGGCGCCCAUGUACUACCGCGGAGCUCAGGCCGCCAUCGUCGUGUUUGACAUCACCAAGCCGGACACGUUUGAGAGAGCCAAGGCCUGGGUGAAGGAGCUGCAGCGACAGGCCAGUCCCAACAUCGUUAUCGCUCUGGCUGGGAACAAGGCGGACCUGGCCGAGAAGAGACUGGUGGAGUACGAGGAGGCUCAGACGUAUGCUGACGACACCGGCCUGCUCUUCAUGGAGACCUCGGCCAAGACGGCCAUGAACGUCAACGAGCUCUUCCUGGCCAUCGCAAAGAAGAUGCCAAAGACCGACACCCAGAACCCGACCCACGCAGCGCGGCACCGCGGCGUCAACCUCCAGGACCCAGACGCUCACUCCACCCGGGCCUGCUGCGGUGGGAACUAGACCUCCACGACUCCCACCAGUACUCCCACCAUCCUCACCACCACAGCCCGUCAACCCUCCCGUCUCCUGGCCCCCGGGCCCGCGGCGGGGUAACCCAGUAUCUACACCCACUCCUCCUCCAUUCAUCCCCCUGUCCGAGCAGACAGAUAAUUUAAAAAUGAGAGAACGAGUCCAGAGCGACUCAGAUCCUGCAUCUGGAAACGACGAGGGCAGGUUUAGAGACGACUGAGACAGAGAAGUGCAAAAUAAAGAAUGUGGAAGACGGGGGCAAAGCCUGUUGUAGUAUUUAGCACUAAUAACCGUGAGUUCUCUUUUUGUUUCAGCCUUGUUUGAUUGUGUGAAAAUGCACAAACUGAGCAGCACACGCCAGUGAGCGGCUAAGACAGAAAAAAAAGGCGCAAGCAUCUGCUCCUCCUGAACCAAUCAGAUCCCGCUGUGAAUAACUCCAUGUAAUGUAUAUGAAUGAGCCCAUCACUCCUAAACCCUCCGUGUCCUGCCUGGCGCCCCCUGGUGUCAGUGGUACCACUCAGGGCCUCGUCAGAUCAGACCUAUGGCACAGUUUAUCCAACAGAAGUUCAUUUGUGUGUAUUUGUUGUCCGGUGUUUUUGACUUGACGGCUUGUAGUGAUGCUCCCGGUCCACCCACACUCCUUUAGUCCACGUGAAGCUAAUGGUUACAAGUUUUUUACAUCUGGAGAAGCAGCAGCAGGUUGUCGGGUCCGACUCGUUCACAACAGCAGGAACAUGUGGGGAGCAUUCAGGCGAGGGGCGGAGCCUGUAGAGCAGCAGGAGGCCGGACAUGACGUAUAAAUUCAGCUGUGGAAAGAUCAGUGUUUGGUAUUUGUCGCGUGUUGGAAACGUCAACACGUCCUCUUGCUCGCUUUGAAUUUGACAGAUAUUUUACUGCUGAUUUCUCAUUUGAACAUUCUCCUGACAUUUUUCCAGGGGGCUGCAGGAAAAGAUCCAGAAAAAUGUCCGGAGCAAAUAACCAGACAUUUUUUAUUCUCACAUUCAGCCCCUCUGGAUUAUUUCAGGAAAAUGUGUGGAUAUUCAAACCUGGUAUUAACAUCCGAUCACAAGGGGUCAGCGCUCAGUUCAGGACUGAGACGUGUCCUGAGAUGUGUUAUGCAUGUGGCCACAUUCUUCUCAGAGUCAAUACACACACACACACACACAUACAGAAGGACGUCCUCUGACCCACAUGUUUCACAAUGAACUAAACUAAUUAUUACGCUUUUCAGUGACAAUGCUUCAAUUGGUUUCUGGCCACCACCACGAUAUCAACAGAACAGAAUUUCUAUUUUUAUUAAAUUGAUAAAAUCAGAUUCAAUCAGCUUCUCCUGACUCCUCUCUCUCCCAGACACACACACACACACACCUGUAAACUCAGACUACAUCCUUUGUGAACACGGGUGAUGAACGUGCACGUAGAGCGGGGAAGUGAGACCCGAUCACGAGUGGUCACCUUAAUACCAGGUCUGAACAGAGCCAACCACACAUGCUGCAUGUUUCAUGAAAAACAGUUUCAGUUGUGUUUCAGUGUCUUUGCUCGAGUGCUGAUGAGGAGAGAUGUGAUCAUCGCAGGCUGCAGCUCUUAGAAACAAUAUAAACUUCAGUGAGUGUAGGAAGUCACAGGACUUUAGUUUAUGUACGAGCAGGAAACCGAAAGCUGUGACUAACCAUGUGUCUGUAGCAGAGAGAGAGAAUCCAUCAAACGCUUGAAGUUCCUGGUCUGAGUAAAGUAUUAAAUCUCAAUUAUGACAGUUAGUGAAAGUCCAGCUGAGACUAAAUCAAAUAUCACAUGUAUCUGCACAUCUAGUUUACCUUGUUCUUAAUCCGUCUCUUUUCCUCCAUGGUUUAACUGAUUCACUUAACUUAAUUCAAUGCUCUUAAAACAGUGUGUGCUUGGUUGCCGUCUUAAAGCUCGGAUGAAGAAAAUGAAGAAAGACGUAGAAGAUUAAAACGCACAUACACAAGAAAAACAAAAAACAGAAGUGCCUAUUCCCAGUUUUCUUUCUCUGUGAAUCCUGUUUCUUUACGUGUGGAGCUUUGUAGGCAAAGUGCAGGAAAAACCAUCUCCACCAUCGGCUCGCAUUAUAAACCAGUAACCCGGCCCACUGUCAUCAGGCUCUACUGUAACGGCUUUUUGUAUGGAUGUGAAGAUCUUGUUGAAUACACUGUAUGUUGUAUAUUAUUGUGUCUUAACUUUGAUGGAAGUGUACGUUGGCUUUCGAGCACACUUGUGAACCUGGAGUGUAUCGUCUGAAGGACUCAUAGAUGUUAGGAAUCUGAUUCAAACAAAUACUGGUGUUCAGGAAAAAUGGUUUUGUUCCGCUUUAUUGUCAAAGUCAUGCAAAUUCUAAAACUUAAAAAAUGUGGCAAACUAAUUAAAAGUCUCAAAAUUGAAGGAAACAAAUAUUAUUCAAAAGAUAUGAUAAUUAGUUCAUCCCUCCAAAGACAUUAAGUGCUCAUCACACACAAUAAGUACAUCUGUUCAUUCUUCAGCGAUCACAGGUACGUUCAGUGUUCUGUGCAAUUAUGACAAGUCGUUAAAAACAGGACUUGAUUUCUCAUCUGCACCUACAGUAUGUAACGUGUUCAAUAAAGCUGUGAACGGCACCGUG